GGCGAGGCGGGCGCUGGCGGUGGGGGCUGCCGGGGCGCCGGGGGCGGCGGGGCGGCGCGGCGGGCACCGGGCGCGGGCAGAGCUGCGGGCACCAGCGACGCCGGUGUCGCCGCCGCCGCCGCCACCACCACCACUACCACCGGGCGGAUCCGCGCUUCUGCCGGAGCUUCUUUUCGUCGCUUUACUUUCGCGGCCCGGAGCAGGGACAUUAUGCCGAAGAGAAAGUCUCCAGAGGGUGCUGAAGGCAAGGAUGCAGCAAAAGUAACUAAACAAGAGCCCACAAGACGAUCAGCAAGAUUGUCAGCUAAACCUGCUCCGCCAAAACCUGAACCCAAACCAAGGAAAACCACGAAGAAGGAACCUGGGACAAAGGCCAACAAAGGUGCUAAAGGGAAGAAGGAUGAAAAGCAAGAAGCUGCAAAGGAAGGUACUACACCAUCUGAAAAUGGUGACAAUAAAGCUGAAGAGAUUCGCAUCUCUCGCUCAACUGUUAGUGUUUCAACAUCCAGAGGUGCCCCACCCAGCACACUGUCAGUAAAAGGGCAGAUUGAAACAGUGAAAGUUAAGGGUACGGUAGAGCAUUCAGCAUGUGUGCAGUGAAUAGAAACAGAUAGUAGUGUGGUGCUUUUCAGUGUGAACAAUGGAAGCUGACAGGCUCAGAAAACUGAAUCUGUAGGUGACAAGAAUGAAUGAAAUAUCAUGAAAAUUUUGGGUUGAUUUUAUGUACCUCUUGGACAACUUUUAAAAGAUAUUUUUAUCAAGUAUUUUGUAAAUGCUAAUUUUUUUAGGACUAUGAUAGUUGACAUAUUAAACUGUAUAUGAACAUUUCCCUUCUCAUAACAGUGCUUUUAGAAAUUCCCAUUGUUGCCAAGUAAUAUAAAUAUCAACUUAAUAUUGCAAGGUAUGUGUAAAAUUGGAUCAGCAUUCCAUACACUUGCUUUAAGAAAUUAAGUCUUGUGCAUAUGGUGAUGUUUUUACUGUGCGUAUUUGAAUUUUUCAUGCAGUUUUUCUAGAGCAAUAAUCAGUGGUGCUUUUGUACUUAGGGUUUAUGUGAUUUUAAUGAAACAUGGAUAGAUGUGGCCACCUGCUGACUAUUUUGGGUUCUUUUAAUGGAUUAAAAUAAAAGGUCUCCUUGCCUGCAAAACUACAGCCUCCUAAUGUUUUCUCUAGAUCUGAGGAAUGCCUUACUCAUAUUUUCAACUGUUACAAGGAAGACUAAAUGAUUUGGCAACAAUUGUUUUGCAUGCAGUCUGUUUGCUUUUUUGCUGAUGUCUGAUUAAAAAAUACCCACACAGGAGUAGGAGGCUGGGAUUUUCUGUGGCCCACAACUUAAGGGACUUAUAGAUACAUUCUUCAUAGAUACAUUCUUCAGAUAUGCUGUCACAGGGUGAGUAGAGUUGCCAUACUCUAUCAGGAUAUUGUGUCUGUAAUGAGCUAUCAAUACAGAAUGAAUUGCUUGAUUGAUAGGGACGUACAGUAACUUAAAAGUAGCUUUGUUUUUUCCCCACGCUCUUUUCAUUCAUUUGCAUCGUACUCUGUGGAAACCUUUCUUUCUAUCUGCAGCCUCAAAUUUAAUAUAAAUAGUAAUUGCUGUUCUGCUUCAGCUGAGGACAGUUGUUAAUACAUUGAAAUCGCUGUUAAACAGCGCUAUAUAUUUGGUACCUGGUAGAAAUGGAACAAUGAAAGUUAUUUUUGAGGUGAUUGUGGUGAUAUGGUAGAUUAGCUAAUGAUUUUUUUAGUGUCCAUGUUUCAAUUCUGCAGCUCAUUCUAAGCACCUUUUAUAAUUUUUCUCCUUCUCUUUUCUCUAGGGGCCCUGGUAUUUCUAUUGUUACUUCUGGGAUGGGAGGGGUGAGAGAAAAGAUGUUCCCUGUUCUUCAGUAACAUUGAUUUGUAUUGCUCAAGUGGUGGCCAUUAUGUCUGAGGAUAUCUUUUGCUUGUUUAAGUCAAUAAAUAAAUGACUGUUGCCUGA